CGUUACCCUUUUGUUUGCAAGAGAAGGUUUAGACUUAACACGGAUUGUUCUUUUUUGUUUUUUGUCUUACUCGGAUAUGGAACAUUUCUGGAUCCAAUAAGAGAAUAUUACAGCGUCAGACGCGUCUGCGGCGGGGGAGACCAGUGGAGGGACUCGGAAACUUGUGUGGUGCAGGAGACGGUCUCUCUUCGAAUCGGCGCUGCCACAGCUGUCACAGUGAGAGCCAUGGUGAACUCCCUCAUACUGAUGCUCAGCUGGACUGUGAUCUCUGAGGUGGCGAGAGCUCAGAAUGACACGGAGCCUAUUGUCCUGGAGGGAAAAUGCCUCGUGGUCUGCGACUCUAACCCGACCGCGGACUGGAAGGCUUCGUCCUCUCCGCUCGGCAUCUCCGUGCGCGCCGCCAACUCCAAGGUGGCUUUCUCUGCAGUCCGGAGCAACAACCAUGAACCGUCGGAGAUGAGCAACAAAACGAGAAUAAUCUACUUCGACCAGGUUCUUGUGAAUAUAGGAAACUACUUCACAUUUGAAUCAGUUUUUUUGUCCCCAAGAAAAGGAAUCUACAGUUUUAACUUCCACGUUAUUAAAGUGUACCAGAGCCAAACCAUACAGGUGAACUUGAUGUUGAAUGGGAAACCAGUCAUCUCUGCCUUUGCGGGUGACAAAGAUGUAACUCGUGAGGCGGCCACCAAUGGAGUUCUGCUCUAUCUAGAAAAGGAGGACAAAGUCUACCUAAAGCUGGAGAAGGGAAACCUAGUUGGUGGAUGGCAGUACUCAACAUUCUCUGGCUUUCUUGUGUUCCCUCUGUAAAAAAAAGAUUGUAAGCUUACUGACUUCUUCAUAAUGUGUCGUCACUGUAUAAUCAAAACAUUGCUGCUGCGUCGGUUGGAUCCUGCCAAAUGGUUGAAAAUACAUAGAUGGAAAUGGAUCAGCACUGAGAGAGGAAAUAAGACUUUGGAAAGCGCUCACGUUCUCUGGAAGCGCCGAGCCCCCGUCCAGAUGAAAGAAAUUUGAAAUGUUCCCUAUCGCUGCUGUAUGUUCCUGUCACUCAAGCAGCCUCAGAGAGGAACACUAAAACAUCCCAAAAGUACUUUUCAAACUUUGACAUCGGAAUAUAUUUAGCAUACUGAUUUUUUUUCAUGGCAACUGUUGCAUUCAAGUACAUCUGCCUUUUGGGUGUAAACUGUAUAUGUUUGUGUUACUUGUGUGACUUGUCAUCACCAAAGUUUUUGCAUUGCUAAAUAUUAAUGGGUGUUCAAGGCCAAGAGCGGGUCUGAUCAGAGGAAUGUAGGCCACUGAUUACUAACACAAUGUUUAUGGAAGUUGCUUGAUGGAACUAAUUAAUUUGAAUUUGAUUAAUGCUUAUUGCAAAGUGUGUUUAAUGAUCAGAGGCAUGGUUGGAUUACUGAAUAGGUCUGACUGGGCACAGAGGCCCCCUGGUCCCUUGGGCUUCACCUACAAAAUGUCACUAAAAGACGGGGGACCACAAAGAGACUCCAAACAACUUCAGAGACAAAAGAGAAAUCAGACAGCAAAAGACUACAACGAAACACAAAGGGAUGCACAUUGACCACAAAAAGGCAUAAAACGACCAACUGAACAUUGAUCUGCUCUUUCAGUCUUCGGGUUUUGCCCAUAUAUAGGAGGGGAUAGGAGCCUAUACAUGUCCAUGCCCAGGGGCCCGUUGUGUCAUAAUUCGUCCAUGACCAGUGGUCAGAUUUGAUCAUAUUUCUGAUCAUUUACACUCACAGCUGAUACUGAUAUUUUGCUUUUGAUGAAUUACAGUGGUCAGCUUAUCUUACUUGUCAACCCUGUUUCCUGGAAAUGUUUUGCCAAAUACUUUUUGAGGAAAGCGUAAUUCUCGCCUGAUUAUGUUAUUUUCAGUGAAUACAAAAGUGCUUUUGUUUCGGACCGAACUGUGUCCAGGGUUAGCAUCCCACAGUAAGCGUGUAUGGUUAGGUUUAGGCAACAAAAGUGGCUCUAAUCAAUAUUUUUAUAUUAAUUAUACUAUAGUUGAUGAACAUGACUACUUGUAUGUGAACGGUGUUUCUUAUCUGUAUCUGUAUCUUAUUAUCGUCCGACUCAGCAGGUCCCUUCAAAUAUAGAGAUUUUUUUUUUUUUUUGCUCAUUUGAGUUCAUUCUCACUCACUCUCAUAGCAAUGUUUGCAGCUGCAGCAGGCUGAUGUUUUCUGCAAAAAAAAUUAAAUCAGUGCAUGCUCCUUUCCCAGGCAUUGUAAGCGAGCAGCUGGUGAACAUUUAGCAGCUGAAAAGCCAAAUAUUUCCCUCUGGAGUUGGUGGAGGACAAAACAAAGCUAAAAAGAGACUAGCAGAAAAAAAAAAUAUUGGAGGUAUAUCAUCAGUCGAGGUUCGAAAUAAAUGCUGAUAUUGCUUCUAUCUGCUGGAUAUGUAAAUAGGCAACUGUUUGCUAAUAAAAUCCGCCCUAUAAACUUAAAAUGUGAUAAUAUUUCAGUAUUUACAGCUUGUUUCUGCUGCCCCCAAGUGGCCAAAAAUCUGAUAUUGCAAGUUUGAAGUUAGGGAAAUAUUAUGGUUUUGGGUAAAUGUAAAAAAAGUAAAUUGUGCCUUAAGUUACCUUUUUUAGUAUUUAACAAAGACCUCAAUCUUUCCCUGACCUUAACCAAAUUCUGUGAGUGCCUAAUCAUAACCAUAAAAUGUGUUAAUAAUGCUUUAGUCGCUACAGUACAAGCAUGUAUUGUAGGGAAAACAAUUAAAAUAUGUUGCCAGAAAACAUUUUGUGACUAACUUCGUUAAUUAAACCACAGUUUCUCAUUUUGUUGAUAAAAAUACAUAAUUCAGGCGGCAUUACGUUUCUACCAAAAUGUAUUUGCUUAAUUAGGAGUAUAUAAAUGUAACUUUUACCUGUGUAUUUAUAAUAGACUUGCACGAGUCAAACUGUGGUUUAUGGACCUUAAUAAAGUUUAAUGGGCAUCUGAGAACCAUAAUUGGUUAACAUGGUGAUAAUAGACAGAUUCCUGUCACAGUUGGCGAGCAUAAACAGCUUCAACUGGGUAGCCUGGGAUGACUGAUGAAUUAAUAAACUCCUUAAUUGUUGCUCUUGAGCUCAAUAUACGCUUACAGUAUGUGACGGCUCUCCCCUUCAUGUCUACAGCAAAGUUACUGUCUGCCUUACUGCAGUGUGUGCUGCUGGUGCAGUGUGCAGCUGCAUUGUUAAAAAACAACCUAAAAGCUUGUGGAGGCUUUUCUGGAGAGCUUAUUUGAAUCAUUAUUUCAUGCUGAAAAAAUAAUCUGCACACUCAUCAAGUUGAACCUCUCUGAACUGUUUUGGGCAUUGACUUUCACUGAUCAAAUUUCUGUUGCUACGUCUUGUUUGCUGACAUAGUUUUGACAGUGAUUGAUAAGUUGCCCUUGGCAUCAUUGGCAUCACUUUUUGUAACCAGAAAAAUAUUUGAUGGAAGUGAUUUUUUUUUACGUUUUCUAGUAUGAAUAAAGAGGCAAAGGGAGGAAUGAAAGCAGUCUGCAGCUCAACAAGCCUCCUGAAGGUUUAUAGCUACAGUUGUGUCACAACUCAUACCAACAGCUGCUCAAGGAAACAGGUCUGAAAAUGUACUCGCUGGUAUAAAAUUAAGUGUACAAAAAUGGUGGCAUUUAUUGAAUCAGCGUUCUAUUUUUUAUGACACUGUGUAUAUUUAUUUAGCUAAAGUGAAACAAUCUAUACGUUUGGGUAUGCUCACAGUGACUCAUAAUGACAGUGGAAGCUGGAUUGUGCCACUGAAAUGACGACAGUUUCAGUAAGUAAUUAUAUUUCAGUAUAAUUUAAUUUUGUAUUUAUAUUAUGCAAAUGUGAAUCAGUGGGUUUAAAGAUUUCAAUGUGAUCAUUAAUUAAUUAAUUCAUAUUCAAAUUAAUUGUUGUAUUGAAGAAUUGAUGAAUAAAAAUCAUGAUUUUAAAAAAUGUAUUAAUAAGGAAUUCUUUCAGUUUUCAUUGUCAUCAUAUGAACUUGAGGAAGAAAAACUACCUAAAACAAAUGAAUGUGACAAGAACCCUGAUCAGUAAAUAAAACAACUCAAGUUGAAUAAAUGUAUUCAUUAACUACUGUAAUUAAUGAUCAUUUUAAAACUUUAUUCAUAAAUAAUGAUUUAAUUGUGUAAUUCAAAUGCAAAUGUAGUAGAUAAUUGUAUAAUUGCUAAUUUAAAUGUAUAAAUGAAGAAGUUAAAUUAUUUUCCUAUACAGCACACU